CGGGCAGGCGCGCCGCCCCCUCCCCCGCCCGGCCUCCCCAACUCUGCGGCCGCUAGCAAAGUUUGCAAAGAGGCGCGGGAGGCGGCGGCCGCGGCGAGGCGGCGGCGGGGAAGGCGCGCGGUCUCCGGGCUAGGGGCGGGGGCGGGGGGCCGCCCCGGAGCCGGGUGGGGGGCGGCGGCCAGCAUGCGGCCCCGCAGCGCCCUGCCCCGCCUGCUGCUGCCGUUGCUGCUGCUGCCCGCCGCGGGGCCUGCCCAGUUCCACGGAGAGAAGGGUAUCUCCAUCCCCGACCACGGCUUCUGCCAGCCCAUCUCCAUCCCGCUGUGCACGGACAUCGCCUACAACCAAACCAUCAUGCCAAACCUUCUGGGCCAUACGAACCAGGAGGACGCGGGCCUGGAGGUGCACCAGUUCUACCCGUUGGUGAAAGUGCAGUGCUCGCCCGAACUGCGCUUCUUCUUGUGUUCCAUGUACGCACCCGUGUGUACCGUGCUGGAGCAGGCCAUUCCGCCUUGCCGCUCCAUUUGCGAGCGUGCACGUCAGGGCUGCGAGGCGCUCAUGAACAAGUUCGGUUUCCAGUGGCCGGAGCGUCUGCGCUGUGAGCACUUCCCGCGCCACGGUGCGGAGCAGAUCUGCGUGGGCCAGAACCACUCUGAAGACGGCUCGCCCGCGCUGCUCACCACUGCGCCGCCGCCGGGCCUGCAGCCGGGUGCUGGGGGCACCCCAGGCGGCCCGGGCGGCGGCGGCUCGCCUCCGCGUUACGCCACGCUGGAACACCCGUUUCACUGCCCGCGCGUCCUCAAGGUGCCGUCCUAUCUCAGCUACAAGUUCCUAGGCGAGCGCGACUGCGCGGCGCCCUGCGAGCCGGCGCGGCCCGACGGCUCCAUGUUCUUCUCGCAGGAAGAGACGCGUUUUGCGCGCCUGUGGAUCCUCACCUGGUCGGUGCUGUGCUGCGCCUCCACUUUCUUCACCGUCACUACGUACCUGGUGGACAUGCAGCGCUUCCGCUACCCCGAGCGGCCCAUCAUCUUUCUGUCCGGCUGCUACACUAUGGUGUCGGUGGCCUAUAUCGCAGGCUUCGUGCUCCAGGAGCGCGUAGUGUGCAACGAGCGCUUCUCCGAGGACGGCUACCGCACGGUGGUGCAGGGCACCAAGAAGGAAGGCUGCACCAUCCUCUUCAUGAUGCUCUACUUCUUCAGCAUGGCCAGUUCCAUCUGGUGGGUCAUUCUGUCGCUCACCUGGUUCCUGGCAGCGGGCAUGAAGUGGGGCCACGAGGCCAUCGAGGCUAACUCGCAGUACUUUCACCUGGCCGCGUGGGCCGUGCCGGCGGUCAAGACAAUCACUAUCCUGGCCAUGGGCCAGAUUGAUGGCGACCUGCUGAGCGGCGUGUGCUUCGUGGGCCUGAAUAGCCUGGACCCGCUGCGGGGCUUCGUACUGGCGCCGCUCUUCGUGUACCUGUUCAUAGGCACGUCGUUCCUCUUGGCCGGUUUCGUGUCACUCUUCCGAAUCCGUACCAUCAUGAAGCACGACGGCACCAAGACGGAGAAGCUGGAGCGGCUCAUGGUGCGCAUCGGUGUUUUCUCGGUGCUCUACACGGUGCCCGCCACCAUCGUCAUUGCCUGCUACUUCUACGAGCAGGCCUUCCGAGAGCACUGGGAGCGCUCGUGGGUGAGCCAGCACUGCAAGAGCCUGGCCAUCCCGUGCCCAGCGCACUACACGCCGCGAAUGUCACCCGAUUUCACCGUCUACAUGAUCAAAUACCUCAUGACGCUCAUCGUGGGCAUCACGUCGGGCUUCUGGAUCUGGUCCGGCAAGACGCUGCACUCGUGGAGGAAGUUCUACACGCGUCUCACCAACAGCCGGCAUGGCGAGACCACCGUGUGAGGGGGUGUCCUCAGGCUGGGGCCGCACCGCGUUUUCCUCCUCCCCUGGGGGGCUUCUACAGACUCCUUAUUUUAUUUUUUUAAAUAAAGAACAAUAGAAACCAUUUCUUUUUUAGGUCGCUUUUUAAAGAUAACUCUGCCCAA